AUGUUCACUACUACUGAUUCAAUUGAUUUUUCUAUGUAUGUUUUCGUCUAUCAUAGUGAGCAAGAUGAACAAUUUGAAAGUUGGCGUAAAGAAUUUCAACAAGAACGUUUAUUACGUAUUGUUCGGGAACGAGAAAUUAUGAAAGAAACAGCUAAAAGAUGCAAGUCAUACAAAGUACGUGAACAAGAAGCUACGGAUGCACUCGAACGAAAACGGCAAAAUAUUUUAGCACAACGCAAAGCAGCAAAUGUACAAGCAACAAUGAGAUUUCAACGCAAUCUACCAGGAUUUACUGUCAUGGAUCCAGAUAAAUUUGAUCGAGCUAUUGAAACUAUAACAGGCCGUCAAUUAUCUAAUCGAUCGACACCAAGACGGACAUCAAUUAUGCAACAACAACAACGAGUAAAAUCAAAUACAAUGCUACGACGAUCUAUUUCAAUGGAAGAAUUAGGAUCAAGACAACACAUAUCUAACGUUGAACGCAUCAAUCAAAUGAAUCAAACAAUAUUGACUCGAACUAAUUCUGUUACACAAGUACCUCAAUAUACAAAUCAAGUUCAAUAUACAUCACCUCUACAUGAGGUUCAACGACGUGUUUUGAAUGAUUUUGCGGCGCAAGUUCAAUCAACACUUAAUCAAAAUGAACAAUUCAAUGACGCAAAUACAUGGGAUCGUGAAAGUGUUGAUAGUCUUGAAAAACCAAAUGAUUAUCAUCCACAGCAAAUUAUUUCUCAACCAAGACUAACUGGUCCCAUUGUUCGGCAAAAUCAUGUUGUAAAUAUUCAAACUAGAAAAACACAACCACUAUUAACAAAUAAUUCUGAAUUUGAUUCCAUGGCGAGUCCCGAUCAGCAAGAAUUAUUACGUCGAAGUUAUCAUGAAAGUUUUUUUGUUAAAAAUACGCCUGUUACAGGCGAUGAACAAGUUACAGCAUGGUUAGGUGCUAAUAAAAAUGCAACAAUAUCUAAUAAUAAACAUAGCCAUGUUACAGAAAAACCUUCAUCACUUGACGAAAAUGAUCCAGAAACAAAUGGCAGACGAAAAAGUAUUCUUAAGCGAUCACCUUCUAUUGAUAGUAAUCCAAUGAAUUCACCUAUGAAUACAAAACCAAUGAUGGAAACAAGAGUAGCAAAUAUUCCACAAAAACGAACGACUAAUGAUAAAGUUGUUGUUAAAGAUAGUUUGGAAGUGAAAAAUGCAAAAUUACUAAAAGAAUUAGAAACACAGAAAAAAACUGUUCGCUUUGCACAAGACUCCACUAAUGAACGAUGUGCAUCAGACACACAACUUGUUAAACCACCAGAAAUCGGUGAUCAACAAACGUCACUGCGUCGUGUACAAUCAGCUGCAUUAUUAACACUACCGACUCGUCCUCCAAUGAAGUAA